AUGGCUAAAGAUCGUAAACAUGAUUACAAUUAUGAAGAAACCUAUGAAAAAUAUGAAAAGAAGAUGAAAAGAUCUUUUUCAGUGUCUAGUGAUCAUGAAGAUGAUGCUAAGAGGAUGAAUGGUAAGGUUUCUAUUCAAGAGUUAACACACAAGUGCAAUAUUUGUGGAAAAACUUUUAGCAACGGAAAAGCAUUAGGUGGUCAUAGAAGAUCUCACUUUCAAGCUGCAAAGAAGAAACCUAAUUCACAAAAGGAACCAACUUGUUAUCUAUGCAAGAAGAAAUUUCCAUCAAAGAAUGCUUUGUAUGGUCACAUGAGAUCUCACCCUUUUAGGGUUUGUAAAGGUGUUAGUCCUCCUUCAAAUCACAAUUCUUCUUCAAACAGCAAUUCUAAUUCUAAUUCUUCUAGUCAACAAAAUAAAGAAGAUCAAGAUGAUGAUGGUGAUUGUUCUUUGCCAAAGUGGCAAAAGAGAGAUAAAAGAGGUAGAAAAUGUAUUGGUAGUGCUGAGGCUGCUAACAAUCUUGUGCACCUUCGUUCAAAUGUUGUUAAUAUGUCUAUUAAUGUGCCAAAGAGUGUUGAUGAAUUUCCAAUUCCAAGUAAGAAAGGUGAAUCAUCAACAAUUGUGGUCAACAAGAUUAAAUUCUUUUUUGGUAGUUCAUUGAAGAUUGGAAAUCAAAGUGAUAUUGGGAAUGGUGGUGAGAGUCACAACAUUGAUAAGGAGCUAAAGAAAGGCAAUGGAAAUGGUUUAGUAUCUGAAUCUAGGGUUGAUGAGAAUACAAAUGAUGGUCAUUCUGCAGAACAAAAAAAAUUGGAGUUUGAUUUGAAUGAGCCAUAUGUUAGGGAGGAUUAA